CACUUUUCGAGAGAGAAAAGAAAAGCACAGAGAGAGAAAGAUGUGGAGGGCAUCUAAAUCGAGAUCCACAGAUUACACGGUCUCUACCCCAGAUGACCCAAACCCAGAGCUUGAAACUCUUGAACUUUCAGAGGAAACUAUCACCAACCCAUCAACUGGGUCGUCCAAGAAUGAUGAUCCAUGGCUCAAAAAUAAGACCAACAAGAAGAAAAACCAAGUCUUUCUUGAAGGGUAUGUUGAGACAGCAGAUGAAGAUGAGCUGGGGAGGACAAAGAGCUUGACCGAUGAGGAUUUGGAGGAGCUUAGGGGCUGUUUGGACCUGGGUUUUGGGUUCAGCUAUGAUGAAAUUCCUGAGCUCUGCAAUACUUUGCCUGCUCUUGAGCUUUGUUAUUCCAUGAGCCAGAAGUUUCUUGACGAGCAUCAAAAGUCUCCAGAGACUUUGUCCGAUACAGCUUCGUCGACCUCAAGUCCUAUUGCCAAUUGGAAGAUCUCUAGUCCCGGUGAGUCUUUUGUGAAUUUUCUGCAAUAUGAUUCAUUUAUUGCGCAAAUUGCAAGUUUUUUGUUCAUUGGAAGACAGUCAUUUUUCUUGGAAAUUCUUGGUUUUAGGUUGUGAAAAUGGUAUGCUAAGGUAUCUAGUCCUUGUGAGUCUUUUGGAGAAUUUGAAUUUUAAGUGUUUUGUUUCCUUGCAAGAUAGUUAUUUUUUUUUUAAAUUCUUGAUUUUUGGAUGCUAAUGUUGUUCGGUAGAAAAUUUGGUUUUCUUGUGAAAGCUUUGUGCAGUCUGAAAGUAUUUCUUUCGUUGCAAGAGAGUCAAUUUUCUUGGAAAAUCUUAGAGAUUUGUUUUCCUUUUUGAAGCUGGAAAUUGCAUUAGUUCUUCCAAGAAUUUUUUUUUCUUGUUGUUUGGGCUGGUGUGGGGGAAUCUUGUAUGGUGGAUCUGUUUGUUAAUGAUGUUUUGCCUUGGGUAUUUUUUUUUGGAAUAAAUUCUGUUGAUGACAGGCCUAUUGCCUCCUUAGGGUGUCUAAGGGGUCUUUUGAUCUUAGGUGUUAGAAAUGUUUAUGACUGCCAUAUUGGCUAUUCAUGGUGAUGGAUAUAGAUGGAAAAAUGAAAUGGUUUUUAUGUAUAAUGGAGAAUUUGAUCUGGAAAAUUUGAACCACAUUUUGACUUUGAUUUUUUUAUAGCUUUUAUGUUCUGUUGAAGGUGGUUUAUGGGUUAUUUUUUUUUAUGUAAAAGUAGAUUUGGGUUCAGUUGUUAUAUGAUCUGAGUAAUGUGUUUGUAGAAAGAAUGGUGAGCUAGGUUCUUAUUGACAGAGGAUGAUCUGGAAAUAGAACAAAAUAAUUGGUCAUUUGGUUUCAAAAUUCACAUGCUUGUCUCAUCUUUAAUUUUGACUGCUUAGAUUUGAUCGAAAGAGCGUUGUUACAUGAGCUAGAGAAUCUUUAAAUCGUAGUUUAAUUAUGUUAAAAACAAAAAUACCAAGAUGCAUCCCUCACCAAUCUGUGGUGGCCAUUAAAGGGGGUAUGAAACAUGUUCUAACUUUCUGUUUCAUUUUCACUGCCUUAGGUGACCACCCUGAAGACGUGAAAGCGAGACUCAAAUAUUGGGCACAAGCUGUAGCAUGUACUGUGAAAUUAUGCAGCUAGAAGAGACCAAGAGUUCUUUACUUUAUUCGGUUGUAGGAGAUGAAUGAACAUCUUCUUCAACAUGGGAAUUUCUUAGCAUGGACCUAUCCUUUCAAAGGAUGAGCCUGCAGGGGCAGACGCCCGUUAAUUCUUUACCUGGUGAUGGAUAUGUUGGAAUCUGUCAAUGAAGAGCCGGCUUUGAAGAAGUAGAAACGAGAACCUGAAGAAGAAGAAGAAGAAUGUUUCAGGUUUUCAAGGCUGCACACAAGCAAGAUGAAUGGAGAAGGGAAUUCAAACAUGCCACGGAAAGAUGGUGAGAAGCUUGUUUGUGUUUGGUUAGAGUUUGAACAGGGGAAGUAACCUUGGCAAAAGUCUUUAUGAAAACUAAUGAAUGUGGACAAUGUUUUGUCUUUCAUGCUUUAAAUUUAAAAGUAAAUCGAAUGUUUUCCACAAGUGUUUUAAGAUCGGGUUACGUCUCUAAUUGGUUUUUCCUCAAGGUUUGGGGUUGAACGAUCAUUUUAUUAAUUUUAAGCAAAAAAAGUUAGAUACAAGUUAUUGAUUUGACGACUUAAAUGAUGGAUUUGGAAUUAAUGAAAGUUACCGAAGUGAAAAAAUAUCUAGUUUUUGCUGUAUGGGAUCUACAUUUUCGUGGCUUUGACAAUUUCCAUCUGGUUUGCAUUGCUACAACCAGCAAAGAUGAAUGGAGAAGGGAAUUC